UAUACAUAAUCAUCUAACAAUGAAAUCACUUGUUAAUAGUUAUAUAUAUCUACUGCCCUGGUGCUAUAACUCAUAAAGAAUCUUAGACUCUACCACCAAUCACAGCAUAUACUUUCAGAACAAUUACAUUCUAUAUGAACAGAAGUCAAGUGACUUGCAUAAGUAAUUUUAAUUAUUCUUUGACUACCAUGAAAUGUAAUAGUGAAGUGCGUCAUCCAUUUUUAAAAAGAACAAUAUCUUCCAUCAUUAACAAUAUCCAUUUUUAAUGUUAUAUUAUUGUCCCAAGAAGAUGUCAAUAUAUAACUUGAAACUGAAUCUGAAUGCUUAAGUGACAGGAUUAUUUUCCUGGAAAAUUAGCCAAACAUGUUGUCUACUAAUGGAAAAAGGUCUUCACAUGAAUGUCAAAAUGUAAAUGGGUCAAUGGUUUGGUUUGUUGUGUUCGUCAUUUUUGAAGGGUCCUUUCCAAUUUUGCAUUUUCAUUCUCUAUCAUAUCAGUGCUUUCUGGUGUGACCACUCUAUACAACAAUAGAUUAAGGUUUGGUGGCCCAGCGUCUCUUAUUAUGGUUGGUUUAUAACUUGUUCUUUCUCCAUGUUGGUUGCUUUGUCCAUGGCUGAGAUUUGUUCUUCUUACCUUACUUCUGGGGGUCUCUAAUAUUGGAGUACCAAGCUUGCUAGCCCAAAAUGGUCACCAUUUGCUUCAUGGAUAACUGGCUGUGGGCAAUCACAUUAAGUGUAGAUUUUUCACUUGGACAGCUUAUUCAAGUGAUCAUUCUCCUUAGCACUAGUGGAAAAACUGGUGGUGGAUAUGAGGCCUCAAAGUACUCAGUCAUUGCUUUCCAUGGAGGAAUUUUGCUUCUUCAUGCUAUCACAAACAGUCUUCCCAUAUCUUGGUUAUCUUUCUUUGGACAAUUGGCUGCUGCAUGGAAUAUUGUUGGAGUGUUUGUUCUUAUUAUCCUCAUUCCUUCUAUUGCCACUGAGAGAGCUAGUGUCAAAUAUGUCUUCACUCACUUCAACACUGAUAAUGGGCAAGGAAUCGGCGACUCGGUUUACAUUUUCAUUAUGGGGCUUUUGAUGAGUCAGUAUUCAUUAACUAGUUAUGAUGCAUCUGCUCACAUGACAGAAGAAACCAAGAAUGUUGAUAUGAAUGGACCAAGAGGAAUAAUUAGUGAUGUUGGGAUUUCUAUCACUGUUGGAUUGUGUUACAUACUUGGCAUCUCUUUUGCUGUAACCAAUAUCACAUCCCUUUUGGAUGAAAAUAAUGAUUAUGGUGGUUAUGCCAUUGCUGAAAUAUUUUAUCAAGCAUUUAAGAGUAGAUAUGGUAGUGGUGCUGGGGGUAUUGUUUGCUUGGGAGGGGUUGCUGUUGCAAUUUUUUUCUAUGUCAUGAGUUCAAUCACUAGCAACUCAAGGUAUAAGAAACAUUAUAUUCUUUUAUUUAACACACACACACAUAUAUAUAUAUCAUAUAUGUAUGUAUAUGACAUGAGUCUCUAGGGAUGUUUGAUUGUGUAUAGUCUAUAUUUUCAGGAUGGCUUAUGCAUUCUCUAGAGAUGGAGCCAUGCCAUUUUCAUCACAUUGGCAUAAAGUAAAAAAACAAGAAGUCCCCAUUAAUGCAGUUUGGUUUUCUGCUUCAAUAUCUUUUUGCAUGGCACUUACGACUAAAAAAAAUCAAGGUGGGAAGAUAACUAGGGUUCAGACAUUUCAGAAAGCCCAUACUAGGAAGAACGCCACUCAAUGAUCACCAUACAAGAAGUCGUUGGCUCUAUUAUUGCAUGGCCUUCGAAGAAGGUUGUUCCAAGCCCACCAUCACCCUCAUCAUUCUCCAUCUUAGGCACGGUAGCCGCACCACUCCCAGCCACCCCCAAGCCCCUGCUCUCAGCCUCUGUUAUGUUGGACUUGCACUCACCCACCACCACCACCACCAGUCCCUCCUCCUCUCUUUCUCCCACUAUGUAACGAUGUGAGCCCAAGUGUUGAAGGAUUUCAAUAUUGACAAUGAGGCUGGUGGAGUUGGUAAAGAAAUUAUAAAAAGCUUUACUGCCACUGUUAGUAGUAACACCCUUGAAAUUCGAUUCGAUUGGGCUGGGAAAGGAACCGUUGCUAUUCCUCUAAGAGGAGUUUAUGGUCCUCUCAUAUCAGCAAUUUCUGUCGAUCCUGGCACAGUGGCACACACACUUAGCUGGUGGUGCUUUAACCCGAGAAUUGCGAUGGAGGAAUUCUCCAAAUUGUUUGUAGGUUCUAUUAUAUUAACAUCUGGCACAUUAUCUCCAAUGGAUUCAUUUGCUCAGGAAUUGAAACUAGACUUUCCAUUGAGGUUGGAGAACCCUCAUGUUAUAAACUCUACUCAGAUAUGGGCUGAAGUUGUACCAGUUGGUCCAUCGAGCUACUCUUUCAAUUCCUCUUACAGGAGUCAUGAUACUCUUGAAUACAAGCAAGAGCUUGGCAAUGCUAUAGAUCUUGAUACUUUACAAAAGCGAAGAAUGCUUGCUACUUGCUUGAAUGGGCAGAUGUAAUUGUUGCUGAAGGUCGUUGGGAUUCUAGUGAUCUAAUGUUAACAGUACAUGGAAAACCUCUUGGACCAGACUUUAUGCGAGUAUGAGUUGAUGCUGAUAUUGUACCAGAAUCUUACUUAUUUCGUCAUAAUAAUGAGAUGCUUACAAUACAAGAAACAGUUGGUUCCACAGUUGCAUGACCUUCUAAAAAAGUUAGUCCAAGAGAUGUGACAAGCGAAAUAUAAAAUGAUACUUAAUUUUGAAGGCUUUGUGUUGGGCAGCUGUAGAAUAUUUUGUGCUGAAAGUAGUACCUUUUCAAUAUGUUGAAUAUUUAAGACUACUUGAAUACUUAAAGAACAUUUUGUUGUUGAUGACAAUGUUGAAUGUUUUAAACUAAUUUUUGGAUUAUUAAUACAAUGUUGAAUGUUUUUGCUUUU